GGAAACCGUAUGACUUCCAUAGAGGAACAUACAUGAACAUGAAUGAACGCACGCUUAACAAUAACGCAUUAUUUUUUAGCUAAAAGCUGCGACCGAGGGUGUAGAUAGGCAAUGGAUGUUAAAUUUGGUGACAUUGACUGCAAGCACUUAUUAUACUCACAGGCUCGGCCAUAAACACGCUCUUUCUGUAAUUCCUUUCAGAAAUAAUUCAUACGCUCCCCGUCGCCGCCGCUUCGAACCCACCACCAAUGCCUCUUCGACCAAUGCAGGUUGAACCAAUGCAAAGAAUUCAGCAAGGGCGGUUUCCGUUGAACCCUGAGGCGUUAAGCUGGAGGCGUGCAAAUGAGCAACCCGAGCUGAUGUUUGAUCCGGGAUUCGACACAUUCGGUGGCCCUUUGCAGAGGGUCUCUAGGAGAGCAGAUCUGGGGCCUCAAGAGCCGUUAAGUGCCGUCAGUGCUGAAAACUCAUCCUGCAAAUGCGAUGAGGCAGCCAUAGAACAAAUGAGAAAAAAGCUUCUAAGCUUGAUACCUAGAACACAAGAAAUUGUCCCGGAAAUCCAAAUCAAGUGUCGGUGCCAGAAGCGAGUAUCUCCGGGAACCACUUAUCAGGUUUUGCAGCGCCAAGAGUCCAGAAACUGACACGUCAGCAUCACAGUUUACGCAUCACACAAAAUCUGCAUCAGGCAUCAUUAACCAGGAGGUUUUUGCCUUUCCAUAAGUACACGCUCACUGGGUGCUUCCUUAAUAAACAGAUUAUG